AUGGCCUGGCUGCCGCGCCUCAUCGUUGUGCUACUGUGGGUCCUGUGCUGGCGCCCCGCCUUUGUCGGGCACGGUGCGGCGCGAAAUCCACGGCGCGAGUGCGUCGUGCGGCGCGUGCGGGAGCGGCGCCGCCCAACUGGGCGACCGCGACAAGGGCAGGGGAGCUUUGAUGGGCACACGCAUCCCAAGGUGAUCACCAAGAAGAUCAUGCAGGCGCCCUCGGCCUCCGAGGUCCUGGGAGUGGUGAAGCAAGAGCGGAACAACCCCAAGUUGGACUUCAUCGCCUUGUCGGCUGCCUGGUUCCAGCUGGCGAAGAUGCAGUUCAGUAGAAGUUUCGCCGACACGUUGAAGGACCCGUUUCUUGACGAGUUUAUCCGGCUGACUGGAGAUAGUGCGAAAAGGGCAGGAGCGGAGGCUAGAAGAAAUGCUCGAGCUACAUCCAGCAUUAUCAGGGAUGUGGCGAAACUUGAUACGAGCAUGCAUUCAGGCUUGGAAAGUCUGAAGAACAGCCUGGCGCAGGCAGCCAAGCAAGCAGCCACACACAUGGAUGAACAAGGCACAAGCAACGUGAUUUGGGCCGCUGCCAAGCUUUCAGAGUCUGGAGAUGAGUCCCUGCUGGCUGUUCUCCCCACCUUGGCAGUUCGCACCAAGGAAGUGAGCUUUGACAUGAACGAGCAAGCAAUUGCAAACGUGAUUUGGGCCACUGCCAAGCUUUCAGAGUCUGGAGAUGAGUCCCUGCUGGCUGUUCUCCCCACCUUGGCAGUUCGCAUCCCGGAAGUGAGCUCUGACAUGACUGCGCAAGCAAUUGCCAACGUGAUUUGGGCCACUGCCAAGCUUUCAGAGUCUGAAGAUGAGUCCCUGCUGGCUGUUCUGGCCACCUUGGCAGUUCGCACCAAGGAAGUGAGCUUUGACAUGAAAGAGCAGGAGGUCGCCAAUGUGAUUUGGGCCACUGCCAAGCUUUCAUUGUCUGGAGAUGAGUCCCUGCUGGCUGUUCUCCCCACCUUGGCAGUUCGCACCAAGGAAGUGAGCUCUGACAUGAAUGCGCAGCACGUUGCCAACGUGAUUUGGGCCACUGCCAAGCUUUCAGAGUCUGGAGAUGAGUCCCUGCUGGCUGUUCUCCCCACCUUGGCAGUUCACAUCCCGGAAGUGAGCUCUGACAUGACUGCGCAAGCAAUUGCCAACGUGAUUUGGGCCACUGCCAAGCUUUCAGAGUCUGGAGAUGAGUCCCUGCUAACUGUUCUCGCCACCUUGGCAGUUCGCACCAAGGAAGUGAGCUUUGACAUGAAAGAGCAGGAGGUCGCCAAUGUGAUUUGGGCCACUGCCAAGCUUUCAUUGUCUGGAGAUAAGUCCCUGCUGGCUGUUCUUCCCACCUUGGCAGUUCGCACCAAGGAAGUGAGCUCUGACAUGACUGCGCAGCACGUUGCCAACGUGAUUUGGGCCACUGCCAAACUUUCAGAGUCUGGAGAUGAGUCCCUGCUGGCUGUUCUCCCCACCUUGGCAGUUCGCAUUCCGGAAGUGAGCUCUGACAUGACUGCGCAGCACGUUGCCAACGUGAUUUGGGCCACUGCCAAGCUUUCAGAGUCUGGAGAUGAGUCCCUGCUGGCUGUUCUCCCCACCUUGGCAGUUCGCACCAAGGAAGUGAGCUCUGACAUGACAUCGCAGCACGUUGCCAACGUGAUUUGGGCCACUGCCAAGCUUUCAGAGUCUGUAGAUGAGUCCCUGCUGGCUGUUCUCCCCACCUUGGCAGUUCGCAUCCCGGAAGUGAGCUCUGACAUGACUGCGCAAGCAAUUGCCAACGUGAUUUGGGCCACUGCCAAGCUUUCAGAGUCUGGAGAUGAGUCCCUGCUGGCUGUUCUCCCCACCUUGGCAGUUCGCACCAAGGAAGUGAGCUCUGACAUGACUGCGCAGGAGGUCGGCACCAUUACAAGGGCGUUGCAGCGACUGUCUUCUUCUGAUGACUGUUCUGCUGUUGUGGCCAAUUUGCAGCGGUACUUGAAACAGCCCGCCAAGUGA